GGAAGUGACUUUUAAGGAACUUGUGGAAAGUGUAUUAAAUCACUGUGUAAAAAAGGUGUGUGUUUUAGACAUGGGGAUCAGCGUUGUGUUGGGUCUGAUGCUGGCAGCCAGUGUGACACCUGUGUUUGCUGCAGCACAGCCAGGUAUCAUAGAGAGCCUCCUAUUGGCCGCCCACCAGCGUCCCUGGCUCUGGGGGGUGUAUGUCUUCACUGUUGGGCUUCCAGCCGUUCUCUUCGUCAGCUUCAUGUGGCCUGACAAGAGAUUUGGACCACCAGAUCAAGAGUACUACUAUAAGAAGUCUGAUGACACUCAACCAGAUGAUCCUGAGUUCUCAAAGCAGACAGACGCAGUGGAUAUCAAAGGAACGGCUGACAGAGCUAGAGGAAGAAGGAGAGAUACUCAUGGUAACACGAGGAAGGGUGACCUAGACCUAAAGGAUCAUUGAUAAGUGCAAUCUGAGGAAAGCACCACCGCUACAUAAGAGGAGGCUCGGCAAUCACAUCUUUGUCAAGUCAUAUUUAAAUUUGUGAAAAUAUGUCCUAGGAGUGAUUGUAUUAUUAUUUUCUUGAGAAGGUAUGUCAUGUCAGUCCACUUGUAAAUGUUUUUACAUAUGAAAUA